AUGCAAGUUGUGAGUUUAAACCAAUCACCAAAUAAUUCACGAUGUUAUCUUGGUGUUAAAUUUCUAUCGACAAAUCUAGGCGGAGGGACACCAACAAAUUCUAUGUACAUAUUCGUAAUAUGUGAACGUUUUAAAAUCAAACCCGAAACAGUUAAACGUCUCAAUAACCACCAUAUUCGACAGAUUAUUAUUAUACGAUUUACUGUUCUUAAGUUAUGUUCACUUUAUUGGUUACAGUCUCUCAAGUUCACAGCCACUUUUUGGCUUGGUCUUGUAUAA